GAUUAAAGCAUGAAUGGGAGCAGCUUCCCAGCCACGAUGGAGAGAGAAGGCGGUUCAGGCUAUGGGAAUAAGGUUUCCUUCCAAAUGAGUCCCUGAGGUUCCUGCUGGCAGCUCCAGCAGUGUCCUGUAGAAGUGCCCUCCUGCUCCUGGUCCCAGCAGCUGAGGCCCCUCCAAACCUGCUUCUGCAAUGGGUGGGUUGUAAGCACUGGUAAUGAGGAGCUGUGGGUCCAGUCAGUCUUGGAGAUGCCGAAGAGACGAGACAUCCUGGCUAUCGUGCUGAUAGUUCUGCCCUGGACACUACUAAUCACCGUCUGGCACCAGAGCACCAUUGCUCCACUGCUUGCAGUGCACAAGGAUGAUGGUGGUGAUUCCCGGCGUGAUCUCGCUGCAGGCUUGGACUCCAAGGAAUACUGCUUGUCGGACCGGGACAUUGUGGAGGUGGUGAGGACAGAAUAUGUUUAUACCCGCCCACCCCCGUGGUCAGACACCCUUCCCACCAUCCACGUCAUUACACCCACCUACAGCCGGCCCGUACAGAAGGCAGAGCUGACUCGCCUGGCCAAUACCCUCCUGCACGUCCCAAACCUGCACUGGAUCCUGGUGGAGGACUCACAGCGGCGCACGCCUCUCAUCACCCGGCUGCUGCGGGACACGGGGCUUAACUACACUCACCUCAAUGUGGAGACACCCCGCAACUACAAGCUGCGGGGAGACAUGAGGGAUCCCCGCAUCCCCCGGGGGACCAUGCAGAGGAACCUUGCCCUGAGAUGGCUGAGAGAGACCUUUAACAAAAAUAACAGCCAGCCUGGGAUUGUUUACUUUGCCGAUGAUGAUAACACCUACAGCCUGGAGCUCUUCGAGGAGAUGCGCAGCACCAGAAAGGUGUCAGUGUGGCCAGUAGCCUUCGUCGGUGGCUUGCGCUACGAGUCGCCCAAAGUGAACGCUGCAGGGAAGGUCUAUGGCUGGAAAACUGUGUUCGACCCCCAUCGCCCCUUUGCUAUAGACAUGGCGGGGUUUGCUGUGAACCUCAGACUGAUUCUCCAGCGAUCUCAGGCUUACUUCAAACUGCGAGGAGUGAAGGGAGGCUACCAAGAGAGCAGCCUGCUCCGGGAACUAGUGACCUUGAAUGACCUUGAGCCGAAAGCUGCCAAUUGCACUAAGAUUUUAGUCUGGCAUACAAGGACAGAAAAGCCUGUGCUGGUGAAUGAGGGGAAGAAAGGAUUCACAGAUCCCAAUGUGGAAAUCUGA